AUGAGUUUUAGAUAAUUUUUAGGGUUAGGUAAAAACAUUUUUAGAAGUGGAGAAUUCAAAAAAAAAGCAAUUUUAGGAGCUGGAGUUUGUUUAACAGCAGGAGGAUUUAUCUAUUAAUCUAUUUUAGCAAAUGAAUACCCUGAAACAAUAGUUUAUUCAUGGGGUUAUGGAGGAUUUGGAUAACUAGGAUUAUAAAAUGAAAAUAAUUACUAUACUCCUACUGAAAUAGAGGUAUUAACUGAUAAAAAAAUCAAGAAAGUAGAGGCAGGAAAAUCAAUAUCUAUGGCAUUAACACAUAAUGGAGAAGUAUACUCUUGGGGUAAAAAUAAAGGAGGUAUUCUAGGACAUGAAGAUCGUUUAAGCUUUAAUAUGACUCAACCAGAGAGAAUUGAAAAAUUAUUAGGAAAAAAGAUAAAGUAGAUUUCUUGUGGAUAAUUCCAUAUGGCUGCAGUGACAGAAGAUGGAGAGGUUUAUACAUGGGGAAACAAAGAAUUUGGCAAAUUAGGUCAUGAAGAAGAAUUAAAAUAAGAAUAAAAGAUUAAAAUUAAACGUGGCAAUCUCUCUCAUGAUUACUUGUAAGAUAGCAUGCUUCCUUAAAAAAUUGAGUCUUUGGGUAAUAUCAAAGCCAAAUAAGUUGCUUGUGGAAUUUAAUUUACAGUCGUACUUAGUGAAGAUGGAAAAGUAUACACUUUUGGAUAUAAUUAAUAUGGAUCAUUAGGUUAUGUUUCUGAUUAAAAUAGUGUUACAACUCCAUAACUCAUUAAGGAUUUAAAUGAUAUUGUUAAAAUUAGUGCUGGCUAUAGCUUUUGUGCAGCUAUCACAAAAUAGGGAAAGCUUUACACUUGGGGAAACAAUAGAAAUGGUUAGUUGGGUAAUAGUUAAAGCUUAUAUUAAACAAAACCCUCCAUAGUUACUGGUUUUGGCAGUUAAAACUCUAUUGUUGAUGUUUCUUGUGGUGAUAAUUUCAUUGCAGCUCUUACUUAAUAGGGAUAAUUAUAUACUUGGGGUUUCGGAGGUGAUGGAUAGCUAGGUCAUGGUAACAAAAGCGAUUUAUAUGCACCAAGACAUGUUGAAUUUAAAUAAAAAAUUAUUAAAAUUGCUUGUGGAGGUUCACAUGCAGCAUUCAUUACUGAAGAUAAUUAGCUUUAUUAGUUUGGUAGAGGAAGUGAAGGUUAAUUGGGUAUUGGAUAAAACGUAGCAAGUGAAGCAUCUAUUAGAUCAACACCAAAUUUAGUUCAAUAUUUUAAGGGUAAAUAAGUUGUUGAUGUUACUUGCGGAGGAGAACACACAAUAGCUAUAACUUAAGAAUUUUAGAAGCCAAAUAAAAAAUGA